ACCUGAUAUUGAUACCUCGUCCACGUCUUGUUCACAUUUGAGUUUGAAUAAACCAUAAGGCAGCAAAAAGUAAGAAUAAACCAAAGGCAGAGCAACAAUAUAUCCAAAGUGGACACGGCAAAGCCAAAGCAAAGCACCUCUAAAAGCAAAACUCUAUUAGCAAAAUCUCAAAAAUCCCCAUCUAACACAUUCUUAAAUAUCCAUCAAAUCUCUCACAAAAAAAAAAAAAAAAAAAAGAAAUUCAUUUUCUUUCUCCUUGUUGUCUCAAAAAAAAAGUCACCAAUGGGACUUUGUUUUAGUAAAGCAUGUUGUUGUUGUCCAAAUUAUAAAGAUGUUCCGAUUUCAUCAUCUCCUUCAGCAUCUCCUGAAUAUCAUCCUGUUCCUAUAUUAUCUCAAAAAUAUCCAGAAGAAUCACCACCAGCACCAAUAUCGUCGUACAUGCCUAUGCCAAGGACUAGUACUUCCUCGUCAUCAAGUACUAAUCAAUUUGGUCAAAUAUUAGGAAAGCCUUAUACUGACAUCAAGACAAUAUAUGAUCUUGAUAAAGAAUUGGGUAGAGGUCAAUUUGGGAUAACAUAUCUUUGUACUGAGAAAGCAACUGGAUUAAAAUAUGCAUGUAAGUCAAUAUCAAGAAGGAAAUUGGUUACACAAAAGGACAUUGAAGAUGUUAGAAGGGAAGUUACUAUACUUCAAUAUUUAAGUGGACAACCAAAUAUUGUAGAAUUUAAAGGUGCUUAUGAGGAUAAAAAUAACUUGCAUUUGGUCAUGGAGUUGUGUUCUGGUGGUGAACUUUUUGAUAGGAUAACAGUAAAAGGGAAUUAUUCAGAGAAAGAAGCAGCAAGAAUUGGAAGACAAAUAGUGAAUGUGGUUCAUGCUUGUCAUUUUAUGGGUGUUAUGCAUAGAGAUCUUAAACCUGAGAAUUUCUUGAUGGUUAGUAAAGAUGAUGAUUCUCCAUUGAAGGCUACUGAUUUUGGCCUCUCUGUUUUCAUUGAAGAAGGAAAAAUUUACAAGGAUAUUGUUGGAAGUGCAUAUUAUGUUGCCCCUGAGGUGUUGAAACGUAACUAUGGGAAGGAAAUAGAUGUGUGGAGUGCUGGAGUUAUUUUGUACAUUCUACUAAGUGGAUUUCCUCCCUUCUGGGCCGAAACUGAAAAGGGCAUAUUUGAAGAAAUUGUUAAAGGCAAGUUGGAUUUUGAAUCAUCUCCCUGGCCUUCUAUCUCUUCCUCAGCGAAGGAUCUCGUGAGGAAAAUGUUGACGAUGGAUCCUAGAAGACGGAUCACUGCAGAUGAAGCCCUCGGACAUCCGUGGCUCAAGAAAGAUGGUGAAGCAUCGGACAAGCCUAUUGAUAGCGCUGUUUUGUUAAGGCUGAAGCAAUUUAGAGCAGCGAACAAGAUGAAGAAACUCGCUCUUAAGGUUAUUGCAGAAAACUUAUCGGAAGAAGAAAUCAAGGGACUGAAGCAGAUGUUCAAUAACAUGGAUACUGAUGGGAGCGGUACAAUCACUUACGAAGAACUUAAAACAGGACUGUCUAGGCUGGGAUCCAAGCUCACUGAAGCUGAAAUAAAACAGCUGAUGGAAGCAGCGGAUGUUGACAACAGUGGGACUAUAGACUACAUCGAGUUCAUUACUGCUACGAUGCAUAGACACAAACUUGAAAGAGAAGAGAACUUGUACAAGGCUUUCCGAUUUUUUGACAAGGAUAAUAGCGGGUUUAUUACAAGAGAUGAACUUAGACAUGCUAUGGAAGAAUAUGGAAUGGGAGAUGAGGCUACAAUAGAUGAAAUCCUAGAUGAUGUUGACACAAACAAAGACGGGCUAAUAAACUACGAUGAAUUUGUCGCGAUGAUGAGAAGAGGAACUACUGAUCAUGAAGCGAAGCAAAUUAGAUGAAAAUUGACGACCAUUUCUUCAUCUGUAUGGUACAACUGCGUGCAAGCAUUUUCCCUGAAUAAGAUUUUCCCAUUGUGUAAAAAUUGUAAGUGAAAUAACAACAGACUUGUUUAUAACUGUAUUUGAAUAUUGAAUUAAGCGAGAAAAAAUGCAAUGAGUUGCACCUUGCUUUAA